GGCGGCGGCGCGCGGCGGCGGGCCUUUGGGGUGCGCGCCGGCCCGAGUGGACGCCUCGGCGGCCGCCAUGCAGCUGACGGUGAAGGCACUCCAGGGCCGCGAGUGCAGCCUUCAGGUGUCGGAGGACGAGCUGGUGUCCACGCUGAAACAUCUGGUCUCCGAGAAGCUGAACAUCCCGGUCCGCCAGCAGCGGCUGCUGUUCAAGGGCAAGGCCCUGGCAGAUGGGAAAAGACUCUCCGAUUACAGCAUCGGGCCGAAUUCCAAGCUCAACCUAGUGGUCAAACCUCUGGAGAAGGUGUUGCUGGAAGAAAGCACCGCGCGGAAAACGGCCGAGGCCCCAGCCCCACCGCCCGCCGCCUGGCCGCUCAUUUCCAGAAUCCUGGCCCAGCACUUCAGCGCCGCUGAUGCCAGCAGAGUCCUGGAUCAACUCCAGAGGGAUUAUGAGCGGUCCCUGAGCCGCCUGACGCUGGAUGACAUUGAACGUUUGGCUGGCCGCUUCCUGCACCCCGAAGCGACUGAAGCUAUGGAGAAGGGGUUCUCCAAUGUCUGCUUCAUCCCAGGCCUCUACCUCAGGAUCAGAAGAUGGCUGCCUGCAGCUUCCACCGAACCCCUCGGUCACAGCCAGCACGGAGCACCUUUCCGUCCUCUAGCGUAGCUUCCUCCUCAGCUGCCCCAACAAAUAAACGCUGUCCCUUUUGGAUGCUUAGAA